ACAAUUAGGUUAAAAUUCCAUUCGUGUUACUUAUUUGUAAAUGUUAAUAUGAAAUUUCUAUUAAUUUUUAUAUUGGUUUUUUUUAACCAAGUGCAAUCUGAUUCGUUUUUGGAUGGCCUUCUAGAAAACAUGUUAGGCAGAAUUGACAUUAAUAGAAUUAAAGCACUGAAUAUAAACCCCAUAUGUGCACUGCAAAUAGAAAUAUUAAUAAAUAAUAAGGAUAUCUUAUUGAAAAUGUACGAUGCAUCGGCUAAAAUACCUUAUUCAGGAAUGAUGGACUCAGGACGAAUGAAACUCGGAAAUUAUGAUGAAUGCAUUGAAAUAGAUCAUAGUAUAAAUAGUAUUCGUAUUUUGGGCAAAUAUUGCCUUGCUGGACUGGUAAUUCCUGAUAUUACGAAUAUAACAAAUAUUGAUAAAUAUUAUAAACUUGCAACCUGUAUACCUGAUGCAUGUUCUGCUAAUGAACUUCUUACACUAGCAAAUGCUUUUUUAUUUGAAGGAUUUCCUCCAAUUUUUAUAGACGACUAUUGUUCAACUAAAGAAACUGGAAAAGAAUUGUCAACUGGUAAUAUAAUAUCAAUGUUUGCCAUUUUUCUAAUUACAACGAUAGUAAUAUUCAGUACAAUUUAUGACAUUUAUUGUCAAAAAAUUAAUUAUAAACCAGCUCAUCCUUUAUCAUUGGCAUUUUCCGCAGUAACAAAUACAAAAAAUAUUCUGAAAGUUUCGCAAACACCUUCUGGAGAAAGCAUUCAAAUUUUUAAUGGCUUCAGGGCCAUUAGUGUUGCUUGGAUCAUUUCUGGACACGGCAUUCAAAUAUUUGCAAAUGAGGUCAUGCCUCUAGAAAACUUAGACAAGCUUUAUACAACAAUGCAAUCAAGAGCAUCGACUUAUUUUUUUUCAGGUACAUUAGCUGUCACUACUUUUUUCUUCAUGAGCGGAUUCCUAAUAAGUUAUUUGUAUUUCAAAAGGAAACCUAAAAGUUGGUUAGCACAAUUAAAAACUAUUCCUAUGUUAUACAUUCAUCGAUAUAUAAGAUUAACCUCAUCACUUGUUAUGAUUUACGUAAUAGUUUUAUAUAUAUUUGAAAAACUUGGUAGUGGACCGCUAUGGCAUUCUGGUUGCCAAUCAGAAAUAAAUAAUUGCAGAAAACAUGGGUGGUCACUAUUUUUAUAUAUCCAAAACUAUGUAAACUGGGAUGAAUUGUGUUUAAUUCCACUAUGGUAUUUAUCCGCUGAUAUGCAAUUAUUUUUGCUUGCACCUUUAGUUCUGAUUCCAAUUUCUUUGAUUUUAACCAAGCCCAAAGGAUUUAAGUUGGCCAUGAUGAUGCUGGGAAUGCUCAAUAUAAUUUUCGUAAUAUUAAAUAUUGGAAUUAGAGAAAAUUUUCCCGAAACAACCAAAAAUGACUUUGAUACACAUGGUAGACUUACAGAUUUUUUUAUAGGAAUGAUGAUGGGCAUAUUUAUGAGAUUUAAGAAAGACCAGCCAUUUUUUGGUAACAUGAAUAAUAAAUCAGUCAUCAAUAUUCUUAUCUGGAUAGCUGUGUUGAUUUCAAUGUUUUGUUUAUUUCUAUUUUAUCAAGAUGCUGUAGUAAAAUUUAAUCGGACUCACAGAACUCUGUUUUAUGCUUUUGGAAGGACAAUUUGGGCAGUUGGACUUUCCUGGAUGGUGUACUCUUGCUACCAUGGCUAUGGAGGGUUUAUUAACUGGUUUCUUUGUAGACCUAUUUUUCAAGUACUUGGAAAGUUAAGUUAUUGUAUGUAUCUAAUUCAUUAUUUAGUACUGGGUCACUACUCUUUUAGUAAUCGUAUGCAAUGGUACAUGAGUCAUUACGUUGAGUUUAACUUAUUUUGUGGAUACUACAUUGAAACACUACUACUCUCUUUUAUUUGGUCGUUAUUUAUUGAAUCUCCAAUUUUGACCAUAGAAAGAUAUUUUUUUAGUAGAGUAAAACAGGAAGCUACUGAACCAAAAAUCAAUGUUAAGAACUUCAAAUCUACAGAAGCAUAGGUACCUAUAUUUAUUAUUUUUGUAGUGAUUUUAUAUUAUUAAAUAAAUCUAAACUUUCUUGUAUUUUAAAUUUUUUAUUAUUUAUUUUCUUUUAA